AUGGCCCUUCAGCAGUUUCCUGACAAGUCCAAGUCCUUCAAGACCUCUGACGGUACGACAUAUACCUAUGUGUCUGUUGCUGCAGAAAAUCCUUCCAAGGCUACAUUUCUUCUCCUCCACGGCUUCCCCAGUUCGAGCUACGACUGGCGCCAUCAAAUUCAAAGUCUGACGCAACUCGGUCAUGGCGUGAUUGCUCCAGAUCUCCUUGGCUACGGAGGAACAGAUUCACCCCCGGAGCUGGAAAAGUACAAGUUCAAGACGCAAGCUGGCCAUGUCGCCGAGAUUCUGAGAGAAGAGGGCGUAGCGCCCGUGGUUGGCGUCUCGCACGACUGGGGCUCGGGGUUGCUUUCUCGCAUUUACAACUACUACCCUGAGCGCUUGAAGGGGUUAGUCUUCCUCUCGGUACCGUACAUGGAACCUGGCCAGUUCAAUUUGGAUGCCAUCAACGGCCUUACCGAACAGGUUUUUGGUUAUCCAGUGUUCGGAUACUGGCCGUUCUUCAAUCGAGACGAUGCUGCGGACAUUUGUGAUAAAAACAAUGCAUCGCUCACGUCGUUACUGUAUCCAACCACUCCAGACCAGCAUCGCGAAAACCUCUGCCCUUAUGGGGCAGCGGAAGCAUGGAUCUCCUCCGGAAAAGUUUCGGAGCCUCCCAGUUGGUUUUCCGAAGCCGAAGUCGCUGCACACAACAAGAUCAUCGGUGAUAAGGGCUUUUCUGGACCCUUCAAUUGGUACAAGGUCACCAUUCGAGGGUUGAACGCCGAAGAUGAAGCUGCCGUCCCCGACGAUCGUAAGAUAGUCAGCCUACCGACCCUCUUUGUUAACUCGGACCAGGAUUACAUUACUCGUGCUGAGGUUGCUGGACAGAUCGCGCAGAGCGGCAAAUUGACAGAUGUCAAGCUUGAGGUCGUGCAAGGAAGUGGUCACUGGAUUCAACUUGAGAAGAAGGACGAAUUGUUAGAGAUCUUGAAGGCUUUUGUAGAAAAGCUCUAA